AUCACACUUACCUCGCCCAACGUCAACUCCUCCACCUCACCCAUCAAUCUCAUCCCCAACCUCUCCGCACCCACAUCCGCCAUCCCUCCUUUCUCUUCCUUUCAUCAAUAGUCCCUCUUCUACCGUUUCAUUCGCCGUUUUCAGAAGAUGGCGCCGCACACGCCAAUCUACCCAGCCUCGUCCUUGCCUUCAGAAAUAAACACCCUCGCCAACGGCAAACCGCGGAAACCCCCGAUCACCGAUCUACGCGACUGUGCGUUAAAGGAGAUGGUGCAGUACAAGUGCAAUGUCGAGAAGCCGAAAGCGGGCGCGCCGCCCCUUGUGGUGUGCGAUCCCGUGGUGCGCUUGUUCAGGGUGUGUAGGGAUGGGCUGCAUGUUGAGACUACUGCGUGGGAGGGAACGGAGUCACGGCGGGUGGAUGGGAAAGUGUAGGAUUGGAGAGGGAAAUGGCUGUGGCUGGGGUGAUGUAGGGUGUCCAAAGGCACGCACCAUCCAGGCACGCACCAUCCAGACCCGUUGAUUGCGAAAGAUGGGAAGGCUCUGACGUCAAGGAAUUGAGCAUGAUGUUGGAAUGCACGAGUAGCUCAAAUAUAAAGAUGAGCAUGCAUGCAAGCUGAUUAUUUCUAUUAGCCACUGAAAAUGUUAGCCAGGGACUCUGAAGCGCAAAACAACGUGCCUCACGCCGGCAUAUGAUUAGCC